AAUUCCCGUAAGAGGAAGCAGAAAGGAGGAGCCCGGGGAGGGCGGGGCCUGAGGCCGGAACGGGCCACGGUUGCCUAGGGGACGCCUACAGUGCCGCCAGCUCCUGUGCUAGCUCCCGGGAGACUUUGUGGGCUCUUCGGUUUUCCCGACCCUCUUGACCUGGUGGAUGAAUCCCUCUGGCCGCCGGGCGAGUCCUCUAGAUGGGAUCGGACAGGACCUGAGAGCUGAAGCGGGGGUCCCUCGUGCCCUAAGCCGAGACGCGUAAGGUUCCCGCCCCGCUCCCCGGUGGUGAAUCGCAGCUGGUUUGUGAAAAUUUGAAUCAUCAUUAUGGGAUUGUUGGACAAGCUGUCAGGCUUGCUUGGCCUGAAGAAGAAGGAGGUUCAUGUUCUGUGCCUUGGGCUGGAUAACAGUGGCAAAACAACCAUCAUUAACAAACUCAAACCUUCGAAUGCUCAAACUCAAGACAUAGUUCCAACAAUAGGAUUCAGUAUAGAGAAAUUCAAGACAUCCAGUUUGUCUUUCACAGUGUUUGACAUGUCAGGUCAAGGGAGAUAUAGAAACCUAUGGGAACAUUAUUACAAAGAAGGCCAGGCCAUUAUUUUUGUCAUCGAUAGUAGUGACAGAUUAAGAAUGGUUGUAGCCAAAGAAGAACUUCAUAUUCUCUUAAGUCAUCCAGAUAUUAAGCACCGCCGAAUACCAAUUUUAUUCUUUGCUAACAAAAUGGAUCUUAGGGAUGCGGUAACAUCUGUAAAAGUGUCCCAGUUGCUGUCUUUAGAAAACAUCAAGGAUAAACCAUGGCAUAUCUGUGCUAGUGAUGCCAUUAAGGGAGAAGGGUUACAGGAAGGUGUAGACUGGCUACAAGAUCAGAUCCAGGCGGUGAAGAUAUGAAAAGAUAAUGAUUAUAAGACAUGAUGAUGUUCAUAAACUUCAACAGUUGUUUCAUUUCAAGGCAUGAUUUCUUAAAGCACACUUUGUUUAUUUUAUUUUUUUUUGUUUUAAGCUUUGCCUGUAUGUGUGUUUAAGAAUAUCAUAUAUUAUUCUAUUUGCCUUCAUGGACUCAAGACGAAUGAGCUUUGUAUUUUUUAGCAAAAUACCUUCUCAGGUAUUUUAAGGCCAUAUUCAGACCAAAUCUUCCCUUAACAGGGCAUUAGAAUAAUCAGUCCAUUAAAUGUCUGCAUUCAAUUUUAAUCACUUUUUGGCAUUUUAGUAUACUUAAAAGUAAAAUAUAUGCCAUCUCUAUGUCCUGGCUCAAUCUUUUUUAAAAUAUCCUUUAUUUUACAAGAUGUCUCAUUUUUUAUAAUUUAGUGCAUGAUGAAACUUUGUGAAUUCUGUUUUUCGAAAGAACUACAGAUGCUCAUAAAGGACUCUGGUUAUUAGUAUGUAUUGAAUUUGUUACUAAGUAUAACAUGUUAUCAUUAAUAAAAUAUGAAGUGAAUAUAUUAACUACUGUGUGUUUGUUCAGACUGAAAAGAAUAAUGUUCAUUUUGAGAUGGCACCAAGUAACACUUUGUAUAUUUUAUUGUCAUUUGAAACUGAACUAAUAUUUAAAGGAAAAUGUGAUUUCUUUUAGGAUAGUGUGGGACUUCAUUUCUUUGGCUAAGUAGACAAUUUAAUUUCUGUUCUAGAUGGAAAAAUUUGAUUGCAAGUUAUUUCAUUCCUUGUAUGGCCUUUAUGGUUGACUCUAUGCUUUAGACUUUAGUUCUUGCCACUAAGCUACCACAUUGCCUCCUCUUUUGUCACAGAGCUUUGCCAUAAUAGAUAAUUAUGAAUCACAAAACUGUAUUGCUUAGCUCAGGAAAAUCCUAUAUAUGUGUAUAUAUACGUAUAUACACAUAUAUAUACACAUACAUAUACACACACAUAUAUGUAUCAUUAUACUUUUGAUUUGAAGAUACAUGCAAAACCUAUAAAUCAAAUAUACAAAUUCUGUUAUUUUGUCACUGAUUUCUCUUCAAUAAACACAUUGACUAAAGCCACCGAAAACAAGCAACUUUCACAUAGGAAAUUAUGCAGCAAACAGUUUACUGAGAAAAUACAUUUUUAAGAGGAAAACUAAGUUUUAUAACAAGGAAAUGGCCUCAGGUAUGAGGACAUAUUUAUAAAGGAAUUAUAUAUAACUGUGUUUAAACUUAUUAAGUGCCCUGAAUUGAGGAAAUGGAAAAACCAAGAAAGAAAAAAAUGUGUAAUAAAGAUAUCAUACAAUGCACUGGAAUAAUGAAAUAGCUUUCUUUGUCCACAGAGACUUUAAAUAAACAACAAUUUCCGAACCAA